AUGGCAUAUAGAAAAUCAAAUUUAUAUUUAAAUUUAGUUAAUAGUUAUGUUAUUGAUUCACCUCAACCAUCAUCAAUUAAUUAUUGAUGAAAUUUAGGUUCUUUAUUAGGUUUAUGUUUAGUUAUUCAAAUUCUUACUGGUAUUUUUUUAGCUAUGCAUUAUUCAUCUAAUAUUGAAUUAGCUUUCUCAUCAGUAGAACAUAUUAUGAGAGAUGUACAACUAGGUUGAUUAAUUAGAUAUAUGCAUCUUAAUGGUGCUUCAUUCUUCUUUAUUUGUAUGUAUAUUCAUAUUGGUAAAGGUUUAUAUUAUGGUUCUUAUAAAUCACCUAGAGUUAUUGUAUGAACAGUUGGUGUUAUUAUCUUUAUUUUAACUAUAGCAGCAGCUUUCUUAGGUUAUUGUUUAGUAUAUGGACAAAUGUCACAUUGAGGUGCUACUGUUAUUACUAAUUUAUUUAGUGCUAUUCCAUUUAUUGGAAAUGAUAUUGUACUAUGAUUAUGAGGAUCAUUUAGUGUUAGUAAUCCUACUAUUAUAAGAUUCUUUCUAUUUCAUUAUUUAGUACCAUUUAUUAUUGCAGCAAUAGUAAUUAUGCAUUUAAUGCUAUUACAUGUACAUGGUUCAUCAAAUCCAUUAGGUAUUACAGGUAAUUUAGAUAGAUUACCAAUGCAUGGUUAUUUUAUUUUUAAAGAUUUAGUAACAGUAUUUGUAUUUAUAAUUUUCUUUUCAUUAUUUGUAUUCUUUUCACCUAAUACUUUAGGACAUCCUGAUAAUUAUAUUCCAGGUAAUCCUUUAGUAACACCAGCAUCUAUUGUACCUGAAUGAUAUUUAUUACCAUUCUAUCUUAUUUUAAGAUCUAUUCCUGAUAAAUUAGGUGGUGUUAUUACUAUAUUUGGUCUUAUUUUAGUUUUAUUAAUAUUACCUAUUACUGAUAGAUCUAUUAUUAGAGGUAAUACAUUUAAACUAUUAUCUAAAUUCUUCUUCUUCUUAUUUAUUCUUAACUUUAUCUUAUUAGGUAAAUUAGGUGAAUGUCAUGUUGAAGUACCAUUUAUUUUAAUAGGUCAAAUUUGUACAUUUAUUUAUUUUGCUUAUUUCUUAAUCUUAGUACCUAUUAUUUCUAUAAUUGAAAAUAUUUUAUUUUAUUUACUAAAUAAAAAAUAA